CAACAUCUGUAAUAGUAAAAACAAAGGGAAAACAAUAUAACACCUUACAGACGCAAACAUUGUUUGACAAAAGAUAGUCUUCUUUUCAUACUCAUGCCUCUAAAAACCUGUGCGUAAUACUAAUUAUUUUAGCCCUGAUCAUUAAUAUUCCACCUCUUUGUUCAGUUUUAGAGGUGUUGAAGGUGAAUUAAUAAGAGCUGGUCUGCUUCCGUUCCUGUCUUUAAAAGUUUACCCCUCAAGUUGGAGUUUGAGAAGACAAAGGCUGGUGUGGGAGUGGGAUGCUGUCUAUGUCCGCCCCGAAUGAUUAAUAGUUGUGGUGGGAUUUUUCCACGCCCGCUGCUCGGUGUUGACGGAAAACAAGCGCCAAACGGUGCCGAGAAGAGAGAAGCUCUUCCGGGCUAGGACUUUUGGCAAUACAUGGAGUGGCAGCCAUAUCUACCAUGACACAUACCACGCUCUUCAGAUAGAAAUAGGUUUAUAUUAUGGUGGUUUUAGCACACCACAGCAGGAUUACAUUUUAGUCGGCAUUCUUUGCCUUUAAACCCCCUCCCCCUUAAAAAUACUCCAAAAAUCUUCCUUUGCACAAACCUAUAAUUUUCAACAUCACUCAGCUGGUCAUAGGAAACGCGUAAGCGCUUUUAUGUCGAAUGGGGGUCCAUGUAGUGAUCAGCGGGGUCGAGCAGCCACUCUUUGGUUUCAUCACCUCCACUUUCCGCUCACUGCUGACUGACACGCACACCUCACGACCACCAGGACGCGCACACUCCUUAUUUAGGACAGAAAUCCAGCCAAGUAAAUCCAGGCCAUCGCACGGUCUCCGACACACCUUGAACUGCUUUCGGUUCACCCGAGGAGGCCAUUGGCGGAGAGGCGUCACGUGACCACGGGGUGCCAAUGUUAUUCUACAAGGGUGUCAAGACCCUGUCAGUUUCUGAAAUAAAUAUUGGGAAACGGCGAGAUGCAAAAGGCAACCUACUACGACAGCUCCGCAAUUUACAGUGGCUACCCAUAUCAAAGCGCAAAUGGCUUCAGUUAUGAUGCCAAUCAGGUCCAAUAUCCCCGGGCCUCUCAUGUGGAAAGUGAGUACCAUCGACCUGCCUGCUCCCUGCAGUCUCCUGACGGCUCCGUGGCUCUGCAAAAGCCGGGGGAGAUGGCGGAGAGUUGCGACAGGACCACAGCCAUUCAGGCGGCGCAGUCGAAGGUUCAUCCCGAAAGCAAUCAACCGCAGGUGCCAGUGUCAGCCCCACCCCCUCCCCCACAAUCCCCCGGUGCUAUCAGCCAAAACACAAGCAACGGGUCCAACCAGCCCAGUGCCAAGAACGGCUCGCCGACCUCUACUGCACGCAAACAGAUCUUCCCCUGGAUGAAGGAAUCCCGUCAGAACACUAAGCAGAAACCCACCAGUAGCUCGAGUUCAGUGGAGAGUUGCCCCGGAGACAAGAGUCCUCCGGGGUCAGCAGCAUCGAAGAGGGCCCGGACAGCUUACACCAGCGCCCAGUUAGUGGAGUUGGAGAAGGAGUUCCACUUUAACCGGUACCUCUGCAGACCCCGGAGGGUAGAGAUGGCAAACCUGCUUAACCUCACCGAGAGACAGAUCAAAAUCUGGUUCCAGAACCGCAGGAUGAAAUACAAGAAGGAUCAGAAAGGUGUCGGAAUGAUGCCUUCUCCUGGCGGACAGUCCCCUCGGAGUCCCGUGGGCCCGGCCUCCGGCGGUGGUGGUGGCGGAUACCUCAACUCUAUGCAUUCUCUUGUAAACAGUGUACCUUACGAAUCCCAGUCGCCAACGUCUUACAAUAAACCUCAUCAAAAUGCAUACGGUAUGGCUACGUCAUAUCCCCCUCCUUUGAACAGCUCCCUCAACAACUGCCCGCCCUCCCAGAAGAGAUAUGCCGGGACCGACUCGGCCACGCCCGAAUAUGACGCGCAUCCUCUCCAAGGCAAUGGCAACUACGGGACUCACAUGCAGGGCAGCCCUGUUUAUGUCGGCGGAGGUUACAUCGACUCAAUGCCCAAUUCUGGGACCUCCGUUUUUGGUCUGACCCAUCUCCCGCACCCUCCGUCCGCAAAUAUGGACUACAAUGGAGCAAUCACAAUGGGCCACAGUCAGCAUCACGGAGUGUGUGAUCCAACACCGACGUACACAGACCUAACGUCGCACUACUCUCAGGGAAGAAUCCAGGAAGCGCCCAAACUGACGCAUCUGUAGCGGUGGCGCUGCCCGGAUCACUCCGCCCAUUGUCUUAUCCACCUCCAGACUCCAGACACAUUACUGCUUUGUUUCUGCGCCUCCUCACGGCACCCACCUCUCUCUCUCUUCUUUUGUUUAUGUUUUCUAUAGUUUAAUGUGUGAAGUAGCGUAGGAUAAAUAAUCACGACUUGCUUGAAUUUUUCUCUAUUUGCUCGUGUCAUUGUCUCACAAAGACCUUUUUUGGGGGGGCUGUAGGACGUCUAGAGUGGGAGGGGGGCACAGUAUAGGCCUAUUUAAUCUUUUUUUUUUAUAUUGUUUAAAAGUCGAAACUCAAACAGGGUAUUAUGAACAUAUGUUAUUCAUUUUUUUAAUGUGAAAUUGUCCGUCUUUUAUUUAUCCGCAGUUGAAGAAUUAUGUUUUGCAUUUUGUUGCACUUGAAAGGGUCCUUAUAGAACCACGAGUUGGGAUUAUGAGGAAAAUACAUUUUCAGAAACAAGGGUCACUAGCUUACACGCAACCUCCCUUGCUUGUGUUGUUCUAUUGGACUUUCUAAUGUUAUUUAUUUUGUUCGGUGUUAAGAUAAAAGAGUCCUUUAGUAUUAUUUGACACCUCUGCAAUCUUUGUGGGUUGACAGAUUGGUAGAAAAUUAGCGUCUCGGCUCCUUUCCAGCCCGUACAUGCCGUCUGCAGAAGCUCCUCGGCAGCAGCAGCAGCAGCAGCACAUCAUGUUGCUAUCAUGUUUCCAUUUUUUUCUUCUCCGAGGUGGUGUUUUUAUUUUAUCAGUGAAUGUAAAACCAAUCAGUCAUGCUAUAAGGCUGGAAAGAAGGACACACAUUAUCACUUUCUUUGUUGAAGAAAAAAGAAACCGACGUUUAAUUUUCUUUUUCGAUGUCAUACAUUCCACGCUGCUCCAGUUUGAAGAAAUAAAUAAAAUAACUGAAAUAUCAAUCAAGCAAAUAUUGCAGUUUUAAUUAAGACACAUCAGAAGUAUUUCACAAAAUUAAACAACACAUCUUUUUAAAAUUAAAAAUCUUGAAAAUGUAUUUCUAGUUUUGCAAUUCUUACAUAUCGGUAUUCUCAUAUAUUUCAUGACGGUAAAAAAUUGUAGUAGAGGUAAU